AUGUUUCGUCUCGAGAAGCUCACAAUUUUCGUGUUUGCGAUUCCGUGGAUUGGCGCACAGCAAAUUCUCAAGGACUACAGCCCACUACUAGACAAGAAUACGUCAAUCUCGAAUCCAGGCAUUUUUCUACGAGUCAUGCCGAACGGAUUAGCAUAUCUGCGAGAAGUCGGAAUGAAGGUAAUCAACGAUCAAAUUCUAAAACUACAAUUACCAAGCAUUCGCGAGCCGAUCGAAAACGGCGAGGUCUCAAUCACCAAUGCUUAUAUGAGCAAAUAUUGGGCUCCACAACAGUAUUCAUUGGACAUGUCCGAGCCGAAUAUUUUUCAAUGGUCCAUGAGUAAAAUGCAUUUAAGAGCCGCUGGAGAGUUCCAAGCAACCCUUAACAAUCCGCUUCUCCUUCCAACCGUGCCAAUUUCGGGUCAUUUCGAGGCCCUUCUGGGGCACAUCGCCCUCUCAAUUACAGUGAGUAUGGAAAGAAAUGUUCACGGCGCGCCGCAAGUGCGUUCGUCUCGUUGCGAAUCCAGCAUCGGCUACGUUGAUCUCAAUGUUCGCAACACUGGCGUGCUCACAGACUUUUUCAUCAACGCGUUUAAAGCAUUCCUCAUCGGUCACUUCAAACCGCAAGUUGAGCAGCGAAUGUGUCGAAUGAUCGAAACAAUCAUAGACCGCGAUAUGAACAUUCUGCUUUCAGCAAUGCCAUUAAAGAUUCGAAUAAACGAGAACAACCUCGACAUCAUCGGGCAGACAUUCGGUGUUGCGCCAAAAAAGGUGAGGUAUGUUCCAAGGGACCAUUCAACUCAAUUUGCGGCAACCAAUUUCAAAAAAUUUUCAAAAAUUUUCCAGAUUCGCGGUUCAAAAUUGUCGCAUUUCGCGCCAACAAAUUUCACGUUGACGCAAAUUGUGCAACGAUUGCGCGAAAAGGAGCUCGUUCUCGAUUAUCAGCUUCUAUCGGCCCCGUUCGUGCAAUACGGCGCAAUUGGGAUGAUGGCGAAGGGAGAAAUUUCCUGGCGCGGACACGGCGGCACACCGUUUUAUCCACCAAACAUUCGAAUUCCAGCCCCACACGGUGUUCAUAUGGUCGAAUUCUACGCCAGCGACUAUUUGGCCAAUUCGAUGCUCUAUCAUUCGUAUCGGCAGAAAUUCUUAGACAUCACUAUCGGCCCAGAAAGCAGUCCGCAGCUCGCCGGAAUUCUCGUGACAAGUUGCGGCUUUGCCGGCUUCUGCCUCGGCGAAUUUCUCGGAACACUCGGCGAACAGUUCCCGGAUCGGCAAGUCGAGAUCGCGUUCACCGCCAAAAAAGCGCCGCUCAUCGUAUUUAUCGAGAAUCGCGCACGUUUUCGACUACACGGCGGAUUGAACAUGUUCGUGAGGCCCGGAAAUUCGACACAAGUCAAACAAAUGAUUCUUCGAACCGACACGACUUUAACAGCAAAUGUCAAUCUUUGGAUCAAUGGAUCUGCGAUUGUUGGAAACUCGACCAUCGAAAAUCUUGAUUUUAAGUUGAUCGAAACCAAAAUCAAGGACGUCGACCAGGAAUCGUUCUCCGAUCUCGGUUUAUUCGGCGCCGAGUUCCUCGAGAAGCUUCUCACGGAGAUUCUUCAAAUGGGUAUCGCGUUGCCAACAAUGCAAGGAAUUAUUCUGAAAAGUCCAAAGCUAACAUUCCACGAUCGAUAUUUGCGAGUCGCAACUUAUUUCAAAUUGGACGAAGAAUACGCCGGAAAUCUUGUUCGCGGUGCCGUUAGGAAAACACUCAGUCGGCCGCUACGCUAA